AUGCCCAGAUUGCUUUCCAGAAAUCUGUUCAGUAGUGAUAAGGAUAAGGAAAGACCAUCUCAUGGCCAUUCCCAGCAGACAGAAGGUGCCGCCCAUAAUAUCCAUGCUGGUUCUUCUCCAAACAACUUACAUAGCCAUCCGACCAAUGGUUCGUUGAAUCCUCCACAUGCUAAUAGUCCGUUGAUCAGAUCUUCCAAAUCGUUCCUGAAUUUCAUCAAUAGAGGGCCUAGCAAUGAUUCUUUGAAAAGUGAAAAGUCCGAUGACUCAAUUCAUAAACAUCCUAAUAAUAAUAAUAUGGGCCAUUCGGUAAAUGCUGGUGGUAAUGGUGGUACUUCUAGGAUCAAUACCAAUGCCAAUAACUCAAACAACAAUUCUGCAUUCAAUGGUAUCUUGUCGCAGGAAUCAAUGUCUCCAACUUCUCCUAGACCUAGUCAUUCAAUGGCAGAAUUGAAAAGGUUUUUCAGACCUUCGGUACCCAAAAAGUUGAAUAUGACAUCGAUACAUAACCCGAAUAUGCAGGGUCCUGGUAACACGGGAGCAGCAACAGCAACAGCAACUUCGCCGUUGACUCAUCAUGUUCCUGUACAUGCAUCUGCCAACCAUGCUGCCUCUUCUUCUACAAGUUUGGCUACAAACGCAUCUGCUACUAGAUCUAGAAAUGCUUCUUCAGCCACACUGAGUAGUAUGUCUGCAGCUCAUCAUCAAAAUCAUCAUGGUCAUACUCAAUCUGCCAUCCCUCCAUCAUCGGAUUCUACUUUAUCUUUAUCAAAUAAGAUUAACAUCUACCAUGAUGAUUCGAUCUUGGCUCAGAAAUACGGGAAACUGGGUAAACUGCUAGGUUCAGGGGCUGGUGGGUCUGUCAAGAUCUUGACAAGACCUUCAGAUGGUGCUGUGUUUGCUGUCAAAGAAUUUAGACCAAGAAAACAUAAUGAAUCAGUCAAAGAUUAUGCCAAAAAAUGUACUGCAGAAUUCUUGAUUGGUUCCACAUUACAUCAUCCAAAUAUCGUGGAGACUAUGGAUAUUUUUUCAGAUUCCAAACAGAACAAAUACUAUGAAGUUAUGGAAUAUUGUCCUGUUGAUUUCUUCGCAGUGGUCAUGACGGGCAAAAUGUCUCGUGGUGAAAUUAAUUGUUGUUUAAAACAAUUGACCAAGGGGGUCAAAUAUUUACAUUCCAAAGGGUUGGCUCAUAGAGAUUUGAAGUUGGAUAACUGUGUCAUGAAUGAUAAAGGUAUUUUGAAAUUGAUCGAUUUUGGUUCCACCGUGGUUUUCAGAUACCCUUUUGAAACCCAAACUACAAUGGCUCAUGGUAUCGUAGGUUCAGAUCCUUACUUAGCUCCAGAAGUCUUGACCUCUACGAAAAGUUAUGAUCCUCAAUUUGUGGAUGUUUGGUCCAUUGGUAUCAUCUAUUGUUGUAUGAUGUUGAAAAGAUUCCCUUGGAAAGUACCUAGAAGAGAUACUGAUGAAAAUUUCAAAUUAUUUUGUCUUGAAGAUGAUAUGCCACACGAUUAUGAAAAAUCAGCAAGAGAUCAUGAAAUAUUAUUGAAAGAAAGAAGAGAUCAAAGAAAAAAAGGUGAAUCUCAUUUACAUAAUGCUCCUCAUGUGGCAACACCUGCACAAACACCUAUCUCACCACAUGCUCCAGCACAAUCAUCAAUUGUACAAAAUAAAAUAGAAGAUAUAAUAGACGGUCCAACUCCACAACAUUCUGCAGAACAUCCAGAUGUAAAUAAUAAUACCAAUAAUGUUAAUACUAAUACUGUAAUGACAACUCCAGUUCAUCCAAUUGAACAUAAUAAUACUGAGACUACUGCCACUCAAACACCUGGAAAUAGCUUUGUUAAUACGAAUGCCAUUGCUGAAAUUAAGAUAGAAAACGAUAAGGAAAAUAUAGAUAUAAAUUCAACUCAUCAGAAACCAAACUCAUCAGAUAUACAAGGUAAUAAUAAUAUGGGAACUCCAAAGAUAACAACAGAUAAUCAUCAUAUUUAUGAUGAUAACGCUGGAAACAAUUACAAUAAUAAGUCCAAUAAUCUAAACAGUAACACUCCAACUAUUACUGAUAAUAAUAAUAACGAUAAUCACAGCACACAUCAUAAUCACGAGAGUCAAAACAUUCAUAACAUUAAUAAUAAUACUGCAAAUAUCCAUCAUAACAAUUCUUCAAAUGCCCACCAUAAUAGUUCUUCAAAUGCCCAUCAUAAUAAUGAAGAUGUCAAGAGUGUUGUUACUACAGAUUCAAAAGUUAGUCAUGCUACUAAAACAAAACAAGAUAAUCAACCUCAUCAUAAGAGAGUCAUCCAUGGCCCUUAUAGAUUGCUAAGAUUAUUGCCACAUGCUUCAAGACCAAUCAUGUCAAGAAUAUUACAAGUAGAUCCAAAGAAAAGAGCUACGUUGGAUGAUAUGCUUAACGAUGAAUGGUUCCAAUCUAUAGAUUGUUGUACAAUGGAUCAAAGAAAGCAUAUAAUUAGAGCAGAAGGCCACCAUCAUACUGUUGUAAAAGAAAUCAACAACCAAAUGCAAACCUACAAGAUCUAA